GUUUUGCAGAAAGAGAAAAUGAGUCAAGUUACAUCAGAGGAUCAAGACGAUCUAUUCCUAAAAGAUCUACAAAACGGAUGGGAAUCGGUUCCCACUGGAAAUUCAUCUAAUAACCAUUGUUUUGACAAAAUGUACGACUUGUAUGGUGUUGGAGGUGUCAAAAACGUGCUUUGUCUUCGACUUUUCGCCUCAUCCCUCUAUGAAAUUUCCAAUGGAAGUAAGGAUGCCCAAAAAUUGAUGAUAACUAUCUUCGGUGAUCGUCUAGUUCAGAAAAUCGCCCAUUCCGAUUUGAAAAUUUACGAAUCCAUCAGAGAGACUGUACAAUAUAUCGCUUGGAAAAUCCGAAAAUGCCAAAUUUUAAUUUUCCGCCGUACAAGUGAAAACCAUGGAUGGCAAAGUGUUCGAGACAUUCUGAUCAAGAUUCUUGGUAACGGAGAUAGUGCUCGAGAUGAUUUGAUUGCUGGAAUGUCCUCCAUGAUUCUUCGCGACAUUUAUCACUGCCACGUUACGGAAACAAGCUUCUUGGAAGAAGGAUCACUUUUAUCAAAGAAUUGCUUCAAAUAUGUCUUUCGUGUUGCUUUCCUUCUUUUCAAUGACUCAAUCGGCGAAUAUAUUCUUGGUCGGAAGGAGAAGUUGUGCUAUGAAAUGCUCGCUUCUCGAUUGGUUUACUUUUAUACUCGACUGGCUGCUGACACUUGGAGAAUUCUUGUUGUUCGCAAUGGACCGAAAGUAGAGACGGAGUGGUACAUGAUGCGUGGCGUACAGUUGCGAGAUGAGAUCCCGGCAAGUUCGAAUCAAGACUCCAAACUGACCCAGCUCCAAAAAAACAACAACAAUGACCCAAUCAGUCAACAGAGACCUCAACUCAGCUUUGGAACUCAGAAAACUAUUCAAAGAGCCUAACUUUCAUUUUAUGUAUUUGUUUCGUGUGUUCUACUAGUGUUCCUUCUUACAUAUCAGAUGUUGUAUUUAUAAUCUAUAUCUGCACCAUUCUAUUUCCUAUCCCAUUCUACUUGUGUCCUGUUCUCUGGUCUCAAAAUGAUCACUAUGAGAUCUCUUUUCCAUAAGUGUUAAAAGCGUGCCAUAAUGAACUGUUUUAUU